AUGGCGUCGGACGUGAAAUCAACAGCUCCGCUUAGCGGGGAGGAUUUAGCCAAUAUUGAGCAAACGCUUCAGCUGCUGACUGAAGGCCCGAGAGCGGACGUGAUAGAAGAGUUAGAUCGAGAGCUUGAGGAAGAUGAGUGCGAUGUUCUCAGGGAUUAUCUGUUCCAAAAGGGGAAGGUAAAAGUAUCUGAGUUAUGUGAUAAUCUCUAUGGCGUACUUGCUGAUCGAGAGGAAGAUCAGGUUCCUAUAAACUUACAACCAAAGCUGCGAAAAGGAAAAAAUAGAAAGGUCACCCUUUUGAAUGAUAUUUCGGAUCUAUAUCUGUUCAUAACGGAUAACAAAAGCUUCCCCAGAUCUAUACUCAGUACAAACAGUUUCCUUCCCGAUGUCAUCGGCAAUAAGGAAUUGCGUCAAAAUGCGUAUCGCAACGAGCGUAAUGCAACAGUGGAUAUAAACAUAACAAUGCUAACCCAGCGAAUUGUGGAACUUGAAGCAGAUAGAGAUAGCCAUAAAAAGGAGAUAAAGGACUUGAAAGAUGAGGUAGGAACGCUAUUUUCGAAACUUUCUAAACUUCAGGUCGAUGUGACCAAUUUCGUCAAAACAUGUACUUGUACAUGUAAACAAUCCGAGGUGCCAGUAACUGGUACUCUGCCAAAACCCCUGAUCCAAGCCAAUUCCAAGCCACAAACAAUCCCAAUUAGUAAGGCGACUACUCUUGAGGAAAUAAUGAGUGAACAACAACAAAUGCUCGAUUUUGCCAAACAACGCGUUAAUGAAGUCAAUAAUGCCAAAGUCUCCAAGUCCAGGACUGUUAAUCCCGAAACAAGCGACUCGUUUUUGUCGCUUAAUGAAACUGUUAUCAAUACAUGUGUAACGGGUGCCAGCACGCCUAAUAAACCCGCAUCAUCUGUUAAAGCAAAAGACCAUGGUUAUUCUAAGACUGAUCAUCCGACCACAGCAAUAGCGCCCGAUCCACAUAAUACAUAUAUUAUUACCGAUUCAACGCCCAUCGAAGUCCCAGGGACCAACAAGAUCUCUUCCCAGCCCAAGAUAAUCAAAGAAACCCCUUCAACGUUCAGUGAAGUGUUAACUUCGCCAUCUAAUGUAUCGGACAAUGCCAGUCAUUUACCAGGGAAAGAAUGGAUGGUUUGGGCAAGCAAUCAAACGUAUAAAAAACAGAAAAUUGCCGCAAAAUCUGCUCACGUCUCACCAUCUACUCAACCAGCCCCACAAUCACAAAACGCAAGAGCUCUACGAGGUGCACCUGUAGACAACAAUGUCUACUCCAAGAGAACUAUAAAAGGAAAACAGUUUGAACGCUAUAAAUAUCUCUAUUUGGAAAAUGUUUUUCAAGAUGAACACGACACUGAUGAUGACAUCUGUGAUGAUGUCAUAAAAUUUGGCUAUGAACACGGUGUUAAAAUAAUGUACUGUCACGUGGUCCACAAUAGAAUGUCGUAUACCCAUGUGGGAUGUAAAAUUGCUGUAGUGGAGUCCAACUUUCAACAGACUAUGAUUAUUGAUUGGCCGGAUCCUAUUGUCUGUAGGGAAUGGCAAAACUGGAAUGAAUAUCGAAGGAUUAGAGGUGGAACUCUUAAUGCCUAUGAUCAAUAAGUCAAUAAACGCUAAAUAUCAAAAAAUCACAAUGAAACACCUGAUCAUUCUAUACUGUAUAUUAAUAAUGGUAAUUUUUACUCAAUGGAAUGCAAAUGGUAUACACUCAUCAGAGAUUUAUUUGCGUGAAUUGUUAAAAAGAAGUCAUAUUGUCGCAGUGUCAGAACAUCGUUUAUAUGAAUGUAAUCUAAACAAGCUUAAUGAUAUUGAUCGUGAUUUUGAGUGCUUAGCAUAUAGUAGCUCAUUACUUAACCCUAUGAAUUGUGGAAUUAGCUGGGGACAUGGCGGAAUAGCCCUUUUUUGGCGUAAAACGUUUAAAAAUGCCAUAUCGCCAGUGCGAGAAUUCUGCACGGAUAGAAUUGCAUGCAUAAAAAUUGAAGGUGAUACGCCUCUGUAUGUCUUUUCGGUAUAUCUGCCUCAGGCAUCGUGUAAAAAUGAGAGCUUUGAGGAUGUUGUUAUUUAUUUAGAAAACUGUAUAUAUAAAUGUGUAGCUACGGGUUAUGUAAUUUUACUUGGUGAUAUAAAUGCGAAUUUUGGUAACUUAUUUCAAACCAAAAGAGCGCACGGUACAUGCACUGUAAAUGGUAAAAUGAUGUAUAAUUGUAUGUUGCGUAAUGGGUUAACAUCUCUUGAUUUGCAAAGUCGAACAAGCGGCCCUUGCUAUACAUAUGAAUCAGGUACUGGGUACAAAUCAUAUAUAGAUCAUAUACUGGUGUCCGAAGAACUACUACCUGCGUGUUUAAGCUGUAAAGUACUGGCAGAUAGUUUUACAAUUGGAUGUGGUCAUCUUGCUAUAGAAUCUGAAAUUGAUCUGCCAUCUAUUUUAAUGCAAAAAAGUUCUCCUUGUGCGUCAAUCAAGCCAAGUUUUGCAUGGCAUAAAUUAACAGAUCAAUUAAAGGGUGAUUACACAAAUGAUGUUGAUACUCAGGUAAAGAGAUUAAUUAGCGAUAUUUCCAAGCUUAAUGUUAUCGAUAAGGCAGUAAUUGAUGCCUACUUUUCCAGGCUAGAAAAUCUCUUAUUAGAGAAGUCAAACUUAUACGUGCCAAUUAAACAAUUUUGCAAGCACCAGAAACCCUUCUGGAAUGUGGAGCUUACUGAACUUGUGCGUAAAAGGAAGCUUGCUUGGCGCGAAUGGGUUCGGGCUGGUAGGCCCAGAGAUUGCUCAAAUGUUUUUAGACGUGCUUUUAAAAAUGCGAAACGUGCCUUUUCAAAAUUGUAUAAUCUAAUGAAAAAUGAGUAUGAACUGGCACAGCUCGACAACUUGUACUAUGCUGAUGAUUUAGAUCAGAAUAUGUUCUGGCACCUUGUAAACAAAAGUAGAUUAUAUGUUAAAAAAUCGGGUAAAUCAAUCAGAAAUGAUAAUGGUCAAGUAAUUACGGAUCCAGUGGAAGUAUGUCAAGAAUGGAAACUGUAUUUUAGUCGAUUAGCUUCUUACGACAAAAGAGACAUCUUUAAUUCAGACUUUGAACAAUAUGUAAAUGAUGAUAUUUCAAGGAUGGAAUUGAAUUGUAUGAAUAAUUUUGAUGGCAUUUUUGACAAUGGUAUAUCCGAAUGUGAUGUUAAGAAGUCAAUAGGGAAACUAAAUAUGAAAAAAGCAGCUGGCCACGACAGUAUCAAUUCUGAACAUGUAAAAUACGCUGGUGAAAAUAUUGUGUCUUUGCUCACCAUUUUAUUUAAUGCAAUGAUCGCAAAUGUAUAUAUACCUGAGAACUUCUGCUUAGGGAUCUUACUGCCAUUGCUCAAAUCUGGUAACAAAGAUUCUCUUAAUAAGGAUCACCAUCGUGGGAUAACUCUUAUGACAAUUUUUCGUAAGAUUUUUGAUAAUAUUGUUCUUUGGAAAAUUACUGGUGUACUGCAAGGUCGCAUACCGCAAUUACAAGGUGCGUCUAUUAAAGGUUGCUCAUCCUUGCAAACAUCUCUAAUAGUGCAAGAAGCCAUAUCUCAUCAAGAAAAUGGCACAAUUAUGGCUUUAAUGGACAUUAAAAAGGCCUUCGACAGUACAUGGAUACGAGGCCUGUUCCAUAAGUUAUAUAAUUGUGGUAUAAAUGGUUUAUGUUGGAGGCUCUUGUAUCAAUCAUAUAACAAGUAUAAAUGUAAGGUUUUUGUAGAUGGUAUUUUAUCGGAUACUUUUCCUGUUAAUAGAGGUGUUCACCAGGGCGGGAUAUGUUCUAUGUUUCUCUACCAGUUCUUUAUAGCAGACCUUUUGCAACAACUGGUAGAUUCGGCAAAAGGAGUAAGAAUUGGUGAAACGUCUGUAGCAUGUCCAGCAUACGCUGAUGAUAUUGCCUUAAUUGCAAACAAUCCAGAAAAUCUAAAUGCUCUGUUGAGCAUUGCUGACAUGUAUAGUAAAAGGUGGAGGUUUCAGUUUCAUCCAGGUAAAUGUGUAGUGCUAAGGUUUGGUACAAACAAAAAUGCUUUUUGUGAAUGCAAAUUAGGAGAGAAUAUUCUAAAAAUAGAAAAAUCUGCUACGCAUGUUGGCAUACCUUUAGGCAAAAGCUCAGAGCAUGUAUCAAAUUUGAUUUCACGCAGUAAAAGAAAAUUCUUUUCUCUGCUUGGUUUAGGAGCAAAUGUAGGAGGCUUAAAUCCUCUGCUAGCUUCCAAGUUAUACUGGAGUUUUUGCUUCCCAACAAUGACGUAUGGCAGCUCUGUAACGCAAUAUUCAAUAACCGAAAUUGAGUCUAUGGAGGAUGCACAUAGAUCCAUUGGCAAGAGAAUACAAAGCUUCCCAGUAAAUACCCCUGACCCGAUGGCGAUAAAACCACUCGGAUGGCUUUCAGUUCAAGCGCGAAUCGAUGUAGAUCGCCUUAUGUUCAUCUGGUUCGUUUUAUCGUUACCGGUACAAUGUAUUUAUAAAAUUGUAUGCAUUUAUCGACUGUUGAGUAUAAUCCACAUUGGAAC